GUGUUUUUAGUCAUUCUUUUGGGAAACGCCACUCUCCAGCCUUACCCUCAGUCAGCACAACAGUAUUUAUCCAUUAAUAUGCUCAAGACUUGAACAUGCAUCUGGAGGAAAUAUUGCGCAGUCAGAGCCUAAUACUCCACACCAACUUAAUAUUUUUAAAAUAAUUUAUUUUCUUUCAGAAAGAACACUGUUAUAAGGUACGAGACUGAUCUUUUACGGCUGAACAAGAGAAUCCCUGGUCUUUUUUGACAGCAAACCGAGAAAGAACUUCCGUAGUCAUACUCAGAACCAAGAUGGAGAAGAUGGAAGAUGGCAAAAAGAGGAAGCAGAUAACAAGGCACCUGCUGUUCUGCGUGUCCACAGCAGUCAUCGGCUCUCUGCAGUUCGGCUACAACACCGGAGUCAUCAAUGCGCCCUAUGAGAAAGUGCAGGCCUUCUUCAAGAACGCCUCUCUGGAGCGCUAUGGGAAAGCCAUGGACGACUGCAGCGUCACAGUGCUGUGGAAUUUCGCUGUGGCCGUAUUCAGUGCUGGUGGCAUGGUUGGGGCACUUGGUGUUAGUCCUCUAGUCAACAAGUUUGGGAGACGCAAGUCUAUGAUUCUGUGUAACACACUGGCUCUGAUCGGAGGCGGGCUGAUGGGCUUGUCCGGAGCGUGCCGCUCGUACGAGAUGGUGAUCCUGGGCCGGCUGGUCAUUGGCGUCUUCUGCGGCCUCUACACGGGUCUGACCCCCAUGUACGUGGGCGAGCUGGCCCCCACAGCACUGCGCGGAGCCUUCGGCACUCUCCACCAGCUAGGAACAGUCAUCGGGAUCCUCAUAGCCCAGAUCUUAGGUUUGGAGGAACUGCUGGGCUCGCAGGCUCUGUGGCCGCUCCUGCUGGCUCUGACAGUGUUACCCGCCGUGCUGCAGAGCGUCCUGCUGCUCUUCUGCUCGGAGAGCCCCAGGUACCUGCUCAUCAACCUGCAGCAGGAGGCCGAGGCACUGAAGGUUUUGGUCCGUCUCCGUGGGCACGAGGACGUCGAGGAGGACAUCCAGGAGAUGAAGGACGAGGCCGAAAAGAUGGCCAUGGAGACGAAGGUGUCUGUCCUGGAGCUGUUCCGCAAGUCCAGCUACCGGCAGCCCAUCAUCAUCGCUAUCGUCAUGAACCUCUCGCAGCAGCUGUCUGGCAUCAACGCUGUGUUUUAUUACUCUACAGAAAUCUUCAUAAGUGCCGGAGUUACUCAGCCUGUCUUUGCCACUAUUGGUGUAGGCAUCGUCAACACUUUAUGCACAGUGAUCUCUCUCUUUCUGGUGGAGAGGGCCGGACGAAGGACGCUUCAGAUGAUCGGAUUGGGUGGCAUGGCUGUUUGUGCCCUCAUCAUCACAGUCGCUCUCAAGUUAGUGAUGGACCCUUGUAAACAACAGACAGAGAACCCAUGUGGAGCUGCUGUGGUGAAUGAGGUGCUGAAUAACUGCAACAGUACCUUAGCUGCAACAGCCAAUGUGGGUCAGACUUCAGUGGUCAGCUACCUGGCUAUCUUGGCCAUUUUUGGGUUCGUGGCCAGUUUUGAGGUCGGGCCGGGCCCUAUCCCAUGGUUCAUAGCGACAGAACUGUUUGCGCAGGGGGCCCGUCCAGCUGCCGUCGCCGUUGGUGGCUGCACCAACUGGACGGCCAAUUUCCUGGUGGGCUUGAGCUUCCGCACGUUACUGGGCUUGUGUGGACCAUACGUCUUCAUCAUUUUCUUCAUCCUCCUGGUGCUCUUCUUCCUGUUCACUUACUUCUGGGUUCCUGAGACCAGGGGGCGAACCUUUGAGGACAUUGCCACUGGAUUCGAGAAGGCAGUCGCCUCAGGUCCCAGCCAGCCCUCCCAGACGCGGGGCGUGGGCACUUUGCCACUCUCCCCAACAGAGAAGGUUGCCAUGGUGGAGUUCACUGGGCAGGAGGCAGCCAAGAGAGAGGCUAACCAGUAGACAGGAGUUCUGUAAAUAGGCACAGGGGUUCAGAAAGAUUGCACCUAUAAGCCCACAAGGAGAUUCAGCAAAGAGAGGUUUGAAAACACAUGGUUUGAAUAAUUGGAAUAGCCACAUAGAAUACAAGUUAAGAAGGCCCAGAAACCUCAAAUGAGAUGAUGAACAAAUAUUACAUCCAUUAUGAGCCGAAGUGUAUAUAUUUCAGUUCUAAAACCUUUUCAGUGUCCAUACAAUGGAGCAGUGGGGCUUUAUAAUUGCAAAUUAUUACAUAAGAGUGUGUUAACUGAAUUUAGAAUGAGAGUCAUGUUUAAAGAUGAGCACUAAUUUAUUAUUUGUUAUGUUUUGGUAUUAAAAUCAUGCAGUGUUCAAUCUUCAGUUAAAAUAAUAAUAUACUGUACAAGUCAACCAACUAUGUUUCUGUUUUGGCAAAAGACAUAUUGUGGCUGUAUUUACAUUUCAGUUCUUUUGGUCCAAAGCAAAGCAGAAAAUGAUACAAUGUUGAUUUUUAGUCUUGGUUUGCUUAACAUUCACACUGACAUAUUUACCAUCGAACCACAAGAGGCAAACAAAUAUCUGUACGUCACAUCCUCAUUGGGAAGCUUUUAUGACAUACAUUUUGUGUAUAUUUAUGACAUAUAUAACCAACACCAUUCAAACCAGAACGAUGCGCUACACUGGGCUAAAUACGUAUGUGGUGGUGGUGGAUGUGGAGUGGUAGUUUUAACACUGGAAAACAGAACAGGCCGAAGAAGCAAACAGCAUUAGGAAUUCUUCCGCUGCAGAAAGUGCGUUUUGAAUAUGGGCAUUUUGUGCGUGUAUCGAGUACAUUUACAGUACAGCUAUGUUGAAUCGAGCAUUAAUGAGGUAUAUUACCUCCUCGUUGCCCCAUGUUGGUCCUUUUGUACUGAAUAUAUGCACGUCCUGCACUGGAAGAAUUCCUCGCGCAGUUUUUUUUUCAUUUGGCCAGCUCUGCACUUUCAAGACUUUCAAGAUAAAAAUGUACUAAUGUAUCAUUUUGUGUUUUGGUCCAGACCAAGAGAGAACAUCUUACUAUUACAAGCAGAACUGUAAUUGUGUAGUGUUUAGAAAUUGUAUGUAAAUUUAUUUUUAAGUAUUUAUUUAAUCAGACCAGUCCCAUUGUAUCAGUUGCUGUGUGUACUGAGAUUGUAUUUAUUUGCUGAGUCUGCUGGCGUUGUGCUCAAGACAGUAGGAGACAGUCUUGUGCCUCUAGCGCCGUCCUCCUGCGUGACAUUACUGGAGCAUUACACUGAAUUUUAAUGCCUUUGUUAUCCACUUUCGACAACAUGCACCUAACAGAUCAGAUAUGUUUUUAUUUAUUUGUUGGAAAAAUUUUGAGUUUUACAGUAAAACCUGUGCACACUCAUA